UAAAUGUCCAAUAAAACAAAAACAUAAAAUCGAGAAAUGGAAUAGUGUAAUAUUUGAUUGUCUUCAUUUUAAGUGUUUCAAUCGAUUUAUUCAAACUCAUCUUUCUUAAUCACCUUUAGUGUUAUUUGUGUAUUGUGUUGUAUGCUGUUUAUAUUUUUGGUACUCUGUGUUCAUGUGACGCUUCGAUAAAAUUCGAUAGACUUUGUGUGUUUGGAUGGGGGAGUACUUAAAGUUGCAGAACCAUUUUCUCAUUUUCUCAAAUGCAUAAAAGUGAAUGCGUUCGGUAGGAGGGUUCGUUGCAAAUAAGCAUUGCUGAUUAAAGAAACCCCUGUGCUCUCUCGCAUAGACUCAUAAAAAUGAACGCAUGCAACAAUAUGGGCUUCGUUAUUUUGGUUGCGCUUCGUUGACAACGACAUAUACUACAUGAAAUGUUUGGAAUGUUUCAUUAUACCUUUUAGCAAGCAAUAAAACGGAAUACAUCUAGGAAUACAUUCGUUCAAUAAUGCACGCAAAAUUGCGUUCGGUUAGUUGUGGUAAAAUGCUGCAAUGCUGACAAAAAGUUCACAGUCGUAAUAAACAUUUUGUGUGGGUUGAACGCAAAUAAAAAGCGUGUAUGUAUUGUAUUGAAAAUUCCAUAUAAAAUAAUUCCGAAUAUUUCUUCCUGCGCCAAAAACAAAGAACGAAGUUCGAAAUUGAAUUUUGCCUCAAAGCAAUAAUAUUAGCAGUCGAGUCAAUCAGAGCAAAAAGCAAAUUAACGAAAGUGAAAUUGGUGAGUGGUUGUUAGUGACAGCAGGUGAAGGGUGUGUUGAAUACAUAAUGGAGGAGGAAUUACGGUGUCCGUUUUGUAAAGAACUCUAUGUAAAUCCAGUGCUAUUGCCGUGUUACCAUGGAUUAUGUUUAACGUGUGCACUAGACACACAAGUACAAAUUGUAAACAAUGGCAGUAACAAAAAUAAUUCAACAGCAUCCACAUCACAAGUUUAUCAAGUGCCCGUCGGUAAUCAUCAAGCUCAACAAUGUCAAAAUCAAACGUCGUCGUUAUCUCGCAAAAACUCGGGCGAAAGUUCGGCCAAUUCGAGCACAUCGGAGAGUAUGUCAUCCGAUCAAGAAGGUGAUAAAGUUAGUAUUUUAAGUGAAGCUGAUUCGGGUGUCAUUUGCAAUACAUCACGCCCCAAUUCAUAUGCUGGAACGUUGAAUUUGCAAGCAUUGUGUCCGCCGUCUGGUGGUGCCGUCUAUUCAUUAUCGUGUCCCGUAUGCCGUAAAAUUGUGUUCUUUGAUGAUGGUGGCGCACGUAACCUACCCAGGUACCGUACAAUGGAAACAAUAAUCGAUCGAUUUUGUGAGCGCGAGGCAUUGCGAUGUCAAAUGUGUGCAAUUGAUCCGAAAACAGCGACAGUUAUAUGUGAACAGUGUGAAAUUCGGUAUUGUGAUAGUUGCCGUGAUCUGUGUCAUCCAGCUCGUGGACCAUUGGCGAAACACACAUUGAUUGUACCGCGCGGCGGUGGUGUUGCAACAACAACAACCCGAAAAUUAGUUUGCAUCGAACACUGCACAGAACCAUUGACCGUAUUUUGUUUAACGUGUAAAAGUGCAUUGUGCCAACGAUGCCUGUGUGAUAGUCGUCAUCAAUGCCAUGAAAUUCAAUCAAUCGCCACUAUUUGUAAAUCACAAAAGACGGAACUCUCGCAAAACUUGCAGCAAUUGUCGGAGAAAGCCAGAUCUACAACGGAAUUUAUCCAAAGACUGAAGGGAAUGAGUGAUAAAGUGACGGAGUCGUGUAAUGAUUUUGAGCAAAUGGUACUAAUGCAAUGCGAGUCGUUGAUACAAAUGAUGCAAGAGCGCCGUGAUUACCUAUUGGAAACAAUUGAAAUGGACAAAGAGCAUAAAUUACGUGUACUAAAGGAGCAGCAAAUGAAUUGUGCGGCUAAAUUAACGCAAACCACUGCUUUAAUUCAAUUCUGUAUCGAAGCACUCAAAGAGACGGAUAAUGCAGCUUUUCUGCAGGUUGGUUCCGCUCUAAUAAAUCGUGUUGUGGACACCGAUGAGAGGUGGCAUCAAAUGGCAGCGCCACGUGUUACUCCCAUUAUUGAUCUACAGCUAGACGAUUUCACCGUAAAACGAGCAAUUGACAAUUUAAAUUUCACUCAAAUCAAAUCUGGCCGAGAUUGUAAUGAGCGCAUACAAACAGUCCCGUCGAUACCAGCGAUAAUUCACGAGGAAUGUUCGACCGUAAAUAAUUCGGUGACGGUGGCUUGGAAGGCAUCAAAUCAGAUAUCAAUUGAUGGAUACGUACUUGAAAUGGAUGACGGCAACGGCGGAGAAUUUCGGGAAGUGUAUUGCGGAAAGGAAACUAUUUGUACAGUCGAUGGUUUACAUUUCGAUUCGAUGUAUAAUGCACGCAUUAAGGCAUUCAAUAAAUUCUAUGAGGGAGAAUAUUCAGAUACGAUUGGAUUGCACACGGCAGAAGUCGCAUGGUUCACAUUCGAUCCGGCAUUGAGCAAUGCAAACAAAAAUGGUUUAUCAAUUUCAAAUGGGCUAACGACGGUUUCAGCAAAUGGAUGGGAUCACAGUGUUGCGUUAGGUUCAGUUGGUUUCUCGCGCGGCAUUCACUAUUGGGAGUUUACCAUUGAUAAAUAUGCAUCUGAUACUGAUCCAGCCUUUGGAGUGGCAAGAGUCGAUGUGGCAACCGACCGUAUGCUUGGCAAAGAUGACAAAGGUUUUGCCAUGUAUAUUGAUCACAAACGGUCUUGGUUUCAACACAAUUCGAUACAUGAACGUCGUAUUGAGGGUGGAAUCGCAAAUGGUAGCACAGUUGGAAUUCUAUUGGACCUAACUCGACAUACACUGAGCUUCCUUGUGAACGGCAUGCCACAAGGUUCAACGGCAUUCCGUGAUUUAUAUGGAGUAUUUUAUCCAGCUGUCAGCCUAAAUCGCGGAACAACAGUUACAUUGCACAGUGGCAUAUCGGCACCACACAUGGAUUAUUUACACUGAACAACACGUUUGUGUAUACAAAUUCAAAACGAUUGAUAAUGAAAAUUGAAAGAUAUUGAACAAAUAAAACCAUGCGUUUAGACUAAAUAAAAAGCAAGCGAAUGAACUCAAAACGAUUGUUAUACUAACUGAACAGAUAUUCGAUACUUUUUCGGACAAAGUCGAAAUUGAAGCAAAAAAUUAGAAGGGUGAAUGAAUUCACACACUUUGCUCACUCUCUCUGUUUUCACUGCAAGUGUAAUAAGAAAUUAUAUUGUUUUACACUCUCUUCAUAACUCAUAAUUCAAUUAUUGAGUCAAUGAUUUUAAAUUACUGAUAAAAAAGCAGUAGCGAACGGCAAACAAUUAUAUCUUGUUUAAGCAUUUGUUGACUUCUGUCGGUUGAAAGUGAAAAUCAAUUCAAGUUGUGGAUGACUAAUAUAUGACGAGCCUUUGUCAUACGUCAUUUAAUUGAUUCGAUUCAUUUGGACACAUUGCUUGACAUCAAUAAUUGGAAAUCAUUACUAUUGAAUGAUUUAAAUUAAGUUCGGCUACAAGAUUCUAGACAGAAUUAACUAAUAAAAACAUUUAUAAAGAAACGAUUCGAAUUAUAUAAUUUUUGUUGUACAGCAUCUAGAAAU